GCGCACGGGUCUAAUCGCUCCCAGCCUCGAAGCGCGAGAGGAGCGGUUCUGGUUCUGCUGCGUCCACGGCUUCGCCUCGGUAGCUCGCGGAACCCGGCGUGGGACAGUGAUUGGAGUUGACGCGAGCGCUCCAGUACUGUAUCCAGCCCCCCUCCCCCUCCUCCUCCACCACCACCUCCUCGCGCGCCGCUCACAACCAGGAAAUCGUCGAGGUGUGUGCUUCUUUAUCCCGCUUGUGUCUACCCCGUUCUCGGGUGUAGACGCUCCCGUUUCCCCGACGAUUUCUUGUUUUUUUUUUAUUUGACCACUGUGACUUUUUUAAAGCCGGGCUUCGUACCGACCGAACUUGCCUGCGCGGAGAGGAGCGGCACUCUGUCCGAACAAUGAGUGAGUUGAGUAUUUGCCAGGCUCGGGCCACUGUGAUGGUCUAUGAUGAUGCCAAUAAGAAGUGGCUACCAGCAGGCCCUGGACCCCAGACCUUCAGCAGAGUCCAGAUCUAUCACAACCCAACCAACAAUGCCUUCAGGAUAGUGGGACGCAAGAUGCAGCCAGACCAACAGGUGGUAAUAAACUGUCCAAUCACAAGAGGCCUCAAAUACAACCAGGCCACUCCCAAUUUCCAUCAAUGGCGGGAUGCCCGGCAGGUCUGGGGCCUCAACUUUGGCAGCAAGGAGGAUGCUACUCUGUUUGCCAAUGGCAUGAGUCAUGCUAUGGAGAUUCUCAAUUCUACAACAGAUGCAGGCUAUGCAACCCUUCCCCGCCCAGUGUCAAAUGGCCCAUCUCCAGAAGAACUUGAACAACAGCGGAGGUUGGAGCAACAGAGGCUGGAACAGCAGGAAUGGGAACGACAGGAGAGAGAGCGACAAGAGCGCGAGCGACAGGAAAGAGAGAGACUGGAGAGAGAGCGACAGGAGAGGGAGAGACUGGAGAGAGAGAGACAAGCUGUGGCAGCCCCCAUUCCUCCAGCUCCACCAAUGGCCUCUGCAGGUCCCCCUCCUCCACCAGCCCCACCUCCACCCCCAGGCCCUCCUCCAGCCGCUGGCGUUCCGCCUCCUCCAGGACCACCUCCCUCAGGACCUCCACCGGCCCCACCCCUGCCAGCUGCAGGAGGAGGUGGGUCUGAUGGUGACGGAGGUGGAUUAGGUGGGGGGCUGGCAGCUGCCCUAGCAGGAGCUAAACUCCGCAGAGUAGCCAGGCAGGAGGAUGCCGCCUCUGCAGCUCCUGCAGCUCCUGCUACCCCAGUGGGCAGAUCUGAUCCAAGCCGCAGCAGCAAUUCAUCCAUUGGAGGGGGAGGCGGAGGGGGAGGGGAUCUGAUGGGUGAGAUGAGUGCAAUUCUGGCACGAAGGAGAAAAGCUGCAAACACUGGGGAGAAGCCACCUGUGAAGGCACAAGAUAAUCAGGAGGAAUCAGAGUCUUCGAGUCAAAAUGAAACAAUUAGAAGACCCUGGGAGAAAACGUCUAUGGUCAGGAAUAACUCCACCGCAAAGAACAUGGACUCCACUUCCUCAUUGCCCCAAGCUCCCAGGGUGAAGGCUGCAGGUAACAGUAAUGAUUCUGGUGGAAUGGAUGACUCGGAUUUAGAAAAGAUGAAACAAGAGAUCCUGGAGGAGGUGCGAAAGGAGCUACAAAAAGUCAAGGAAGAAAUUAUUGGAGCAUUUAUUCAGGAACUGCAAAAGAGAAGCACAUAGUUCUACUCAGUGUCAGGUGUACGGGAGGGAUUUGUUUAUUGGGGGUGGUUUAGGUCCAUUAGGACCUCUCCUCCACUGCACCCUUCCAUGUAGCCCAGGGAUUUCUCCUUUUUCUUCUACACAUUUUCUCCCCUCUUCUUUCUCUUACACAAACACAUCAGGAUAUUUGCUUAUAUGUACAACCUGCAUAUUUAGUUCACGUAAACUGUAAACCAGGGAAUGUCCUUGCGUCACAUUUUGAUGAUCCCACACACUAAUAUUACAGAAAUUCAUUCCAUUCCCUUUGUUUCCCUUUUGUGUUCUGUUUAUCUGAACCUAUUCAGACCACAUAAUAACAGUCACUGUCAACCUAACCCUCCUAUUUCCAGACAUCCUGCUACUUGUGUCUUCUCCCUACUGCUGUCAGAUGCAACUUUUACUGAUAGAGCAGUAUUCAGGGACAAUGUAUUAGUCACAUUAUUACUGUAAUAACAAGAUGCUGGCCUGCUGGGGUUAUUUUUCCUAUCUUUGUCAGUCAGCAAGCGGUUGUCCAGGAACAUAUUUCAGACCAGAUUCUGUAGUAGUUUCAUUCCUUUAAUGGAGGUAGAAAAACUAACAUUUCUGACUUAAUCGGAGAGCAAAUUUGAAACCCCAACUUUCUAACUACUGCAGUGUCUCUGUCAAGUGGACUUUUAGCUCAUUGCAGUUGUAAAGACCUGAGGCAGUGCAGUGCCAUGCCUUUACUGCUGUAAAAUAAAGACGUUAGAGGAAGAGGAGACAAGCAAAGGGAAGCUGGACAACCUGAGUGCUGUGAAAGAGGAGUGUUGUAAUUUUAUAAUGUGUGAGAAAUGAAUUCUCUUUGCUUUGCACUUGUUCAAAAGGAAGUGUGUCUGUGCCACACGGCCUUGACAGACGUUCUCCCUCUCACUCAAAAUAAGAUAUUAUUUGUUGGCCAGUGCAGAGGUCCUACACUGUGCCUCUGCUAGUUUUACUUCUAUUCUAGCUGUUUUCUAACUUUGAGAGAUGAAAAAUGGCCAUGAUGAGGUCAAAUAAUUUGGCCAUGACCAACUGCCUUGAGAAUAAAUAUAUAAAUAUAUAUAUAUAUGAAAAAUAUAUUUGUUUAGAGGGAAAAUGUUAGCAAAAAUAAAAUGGUGUUUCUAUUUUAAUUAAAAUGACUGGUGAAUGGGGAUUUUGUUUUCCUUUUUUUCCUUUUUUUUCAGCGAUUGUUUUCUAAAGAAAUGUUAUUUUGGGUUUGUUUUUUUUCUAAUAGAAUCUAGGCUUUUUACACUGAAAUAAAUAAAACAGCUUAGAGACACUGGAUUAGAAAUGCCUUUAUACUCGAAUACAGCUGCUUUAUUAAACGCAUUUCUUUGUCUUGA